GAUUGCAUGUCAAAUCUUUUGGAAAACGUGAUAGAAAUGGAUCAAGAUUUAUUGUCAUCAGUUUGUAUACUUACUAUUAUUUCUCACAGCUUGGUGAAAUCGUUGAUGGAUAAAUUAUCUCAGAGUUUACAAGAAGCUCCUGGCAGCACUUCUUUGACAGAAUCCCGGAAUAAUCCCCAUGUGGCUAGCUCCCAAAUACAGUCACCAUUUGUACAGGAAAGUAUAGUCGGCCGAAGCCCAAUUAUGGUUGAUCGCAUAGCCAGUUUUAUUAUCCAAGAAAUUAUUGAAUGGCAUCUUCAUCCAUUUUUGCAUGGAGAGGUUUUACCUAGUCCAGGGACUCCACUAGAUGCUGUACCUAAUAUGGUUAAACAGGUUCUUGAUGAAGUCCUAGAGUCAUACAGGCCCCAGAAGCCACCAUUUGUAGGUAUUUGCCCUGAUCUAUUUGUAAUGGAGAUGGUUACCAAACUUUUGUCAAAGAUUUUUAGCCCUAGGCCUAGCACUGAAUUUGAGCUGGAAACCAUGACACAAAAAAUAGUAAACUCCGUGAACAAGUAUUUUGAAACAGGUAAAAUUCACAAUUUAUGUGAUGACAAGAAGUCUUUGCCCUAUAUAGAUACAGAUAUUGUAGAUGAACUUGUCAUCUCAGUUUAUAGAAAUGUGUUGAACCAGUAUGGACUAGACCCUAACACUAAUAAAGAGAGUGAAAAUAGUGAUAUUUUUGUGAGAAAUAUUACUAAUUUAAUUGUAACAACUAUUUCAAACUACCUUCUUCAUCUGUUGUUUGCUGGUGAUCUGUCAACUUCAUCUUAUUCCAUCUUGAUGGCUGAGAACAUUGUUCAAGACGUCCUUAGUAACAUAAGUCAAUCUACCAGGUCAGACCAGAGCUUACUUCCAUAUAACACCUUACUGCCAUAUACAUUCUUAGAAGAUAUGAUCAGAGUACUAUUAUCAAGAUUCUUUCCUUCAUCUCCAAAAGAUAAGUCAAAAGUGAAUUUUAAUGAAAUUGCUUCCAACCUAAUCAGUGAUAUUAGGAUGAAGAUUUCCCAACAUGAAAUUUGAUUUUCAAAAGAUGAAGAAGAAACCAAGUUUGUUUAUUCAGAAGAUGAUGUUCAAAAUCUUGUUGAUUCAGUAUUCAAAAAUAUUUUACAAAACUGAGUCUCAAGAAUUGGUGAAGCAAAAUAUUAAAAGCAACAAUGAUGUUCUUAUUGAUAGAAUAGCAGGUUUCAUCAUUAAAUAUGUUUGCGAACAACAUCUUCAGCCAUUUUUGAAUGUCAAUUCAUCUUCCUCAUCCUACACGCAUCUUGAUUAUAAGAGACAGGAGUCAUUUUAUGCCAGUGUUUACUCCUCAACUUUUUUGGAGGAUGUGGUAUCUGGAGUUUUAACCAAAAUAUUCCACAGGGUGGUUGGUAUUGUAUGAAUGACAGAUUCAGAAGAUGAACUGUUUGAUAAAGCUGAAAAACUCAUACAUUUGAUAACAGAGGAAUUCUCAAAAGAUCAAGUUAGUGUUAUAGAAAAUGCUGAGGAACAGUUGUGUUUGCCUCCAAUGCAGAGAGAUAUAGUAAAAAAUAUUAUUGAUGUACUAUAUAGUAGAGUUUUAGAAGAAUAUGAAGUGGAAAUCAUGCCUCAUAAAGAUUUUCUGAAUGAUAUAAGGACAUUGGCUGCUCGGAUAACUAAAAUCAUCCUGAUUGAAAUUUUUGAUUUCCAAAUUCAUCCAGAUCUUAUAGCAAAUCUGCCUUUUAAGUCCCAUUCCAAACUCAGUGAAAAUGUUUUGAUACACAGAGUCCAAUAUAAUAUCAGUAAGUCAAGAUUCUGAAGACAGGCUUCAACAAUAUAUACUACUAUGUUAUCACAAAGUCAUUUGGAAAAAAUAGUCACUCAACUUGUAUCUCAGAUUAAUCUGCUGACAUCCACUGUAGAACAUCCAGAUACUUCCCGAUCAGG